AUGAUGGAGGAUUGGUUAUUGCCGAACCACCCAGCUGAUUGGCAGCUUCUCGUCGCUGAGCUGGACAAUGUACCCAUGAAGGAUGAUGAGUACCCCAAACUGUUCUCGCGCGUCGCACAAUUGGAGACCAAGUUGCGGGCUGUGGGCAUUGCUAAGAGUGAGCAGGAAGAUGUGCAGAUCCUUGUCCGCCGACUCCCCGCACGUUACGAUGUCGAGAAGCGCCCCAGUCUUUCCAAGCGUGAUGUAACCCGCGCUGAGUUGCAGGACGUCGUGCGUGGUCGAUAUGCUACGCUCAAGGCCAGCGAGAUGAGGGAGCGAGGGUCGGCAGCUGCGACGCCGGCGGUUUCUGCCAACCCCCAUGCUCUUGUUGUGGGCCGUGGUUUUGGACACGGUGGCGACGGGGGAAGCGAGGGGGGCGGAGGCCAACGGCGGAAUGCCAACAACGGCGAAGGCCGCGGGCACCUGGCCCUCUGGGGGCGGCGUUGUCCAACAGCAACAGCCGCAGUUGCAGGUGCAGCAGUACCGGCAGCCGCAACAGCCGCAGCGGCAGAUGCAACAGUCGUACCGACAGCCGCAGCAUCAGAUGCAGAUGCAACAGUCGCACCAAAAGUCGCAGCAGCAGAUGCGACAGCGACAGCCGUACCAACAGUCGCAGAUGCAGCCGUACCGGCAGCCACAGCCGCAGCCGCAGCAGCAGCGGCAGCAGUCGUGACACCGGGUGAGCCCUACUUUGAUGUUGUCGACAUUUUCCACGGCGGCGGUGGCGUGGACGGUGAAAAUGGCGGCGGCAGCGGUGGUGGUGAUGCGGCGGGAGCGGACCCUGAGACGCUUGGCAACGGCGAGGGUACCCUCGGUGGUGGCCUCUUCGCGACUCACCUUGUCUGUUCUGUUACCUUACCCCCCCCCUUGCGCGAAGCAUCCGACAUUUUCCCAUACCGCCCGGGUUCGACGGUCUUCCUUGGAGACACCGGCGCCGUAGUCCACGUGGUCCCUUCCGAGGAAAAGGUAUACAACAAGCGCCCGCCGCUCCCGGAGGAGCGACUACUCUUGAUUGGCGACGGCAAGCACAUCCCAGUUGAGUGUUUCGGUGACUUGGAUGUUAUCUUCCACCGCCCUGAGGACGUGCGCGUCACCCUGAAGAAUGUUGGUGGGGUACCGGGUUUGGCGCUAGAUAUUCUGUCGCUGAACAAGAUCCAGGAUCGCCAUGAGAUCAAGCUUAACCGGCAUGGAGCAUCGAUCUUGGGGGGGCAGCCCCUCGCGAUGGUUUCGGCGAUGCUACGGCCUGUCUCGCAAUCCAGCAUGGAGAAUAACGCUCUUCUCUGCUCCCUCGGUCAUGACAAUGCCAAGACGCUGUACGAGACCGCCACGCAAAUGGGUACUAAGGUGACCGGCACCCCGGAGUACUGCGAUGGAUGCGCAGAAUCGAAGGCGAUCCAGCGCUCGGUACCAAAGAUCAUCUCCCCCUCCCGCCGGACGACGCGGCCUCUUGAGCGUGUCGCGAUGGACCUAGCCGGUCCGUUCGGCCAAUCCAGCGGCGGUGCCAAGUACGUGAUGCAGAUCCUGGACCACCAUACCAACUACGGAUGGAUUUGCUUUCUGCGGGAGAAGAGCAGUACAAACGUGGUUGCGGCCUUUCGUGCGUGGUAUGCCUCCAUCAAAUCGCUCUUGGCUACUCACGGGGGGCUGGGCUGUGUUCUGACCGACAACGGCACGGAGUGGGUCAACGCGGAGUUUCGGGGGCUGCUGGCGGAGCUGAACAUUACGCGGGAGCUCACGGCGGUCGACGGGCCCAAGAGCAACGGUCGCCAGGAUCAUUCCUCUACGAUGCACAAGAUCAUCACGCCGGCUGGGGUGCCCACGUACUCCGAACACUGCACCUUCGGCUUCAGCAGCCAGGGCUUUCGGGGAGAUUGGUGUUCUUGGGGGUCGGUAGGGGGAAUGGCCGGGGUCCCCGCAGUGGCGGCAGGAGCGGCGUCAUCGGCGGCGGUAGCUCCAACGGCGACGGCGGCGACCACCGGCGGCAGUGUUGUCCCCGCGGCGGCGGCGAGGGGGACGGGCGGGGUCCCCGCAGUGGCGGCAGGAGCGGCGGCAUCGGCGACAGCUCCUGCGGCAACGGCGGAGUCCUCUGGCGGCAGUGUUCCCCCCGCGGCAGCGGCGGGGGGGACGGCGGAAACUCCGGCGGCGACGGAGCAGCGGCAGAAUGAGCAUAUGACGGAGCCGGAGAGCAUAGUAGAGAGCGGAGCAGCGCGCAGCGCGGUGUUGGCGGAACUUGCGCGGAUGGCGGGGGGGCCUUCGUGGGUGAGCACACCUGCGGCACCUGAUGCCACACCUGCCCCCGCGCACUCGGCGGCGGCGCCGCUGGCAUCGGAUGGACUGUGGACGGAGAUGGUGCACGAGGACGGUGCCAGCGGGCGUAGGCAGGGGCAGCGGGAGGAUGUAGCAACCCCCGCAAUGACGAGGUCGCUGGCGAAGCGAGAUGGGCCGGGGCCGGGAAUAUCUGCUCUUCUAGGCACGGAGGACGAGAUCAAGCUGUGCACCGCCGAGCUUCCUGCACCGGGCGUGGCUGAGCCAACCCUGCCGACGGAGCUGGCCCGCGAACUGGAGACGCCUGAGACAUACGGGGAGGCGCACGCGGGGCCACACCACAACAUCUGA